GACUUGUCCUGUGCCCUACAUAACGCUUUGGCCAUUGACAACAGUUUGGACACAAUACCCAGCCGUGGAAACCGGAUUUUGGAUAUUUAUGCACCUUUGACUUUGCCAGAUAAGUGGCUGGGUUUUCCAUGGGGUUGAGGAUAUGACAUGAAUCACCUUGCCAAAGUUUUGGAUUUACCGCCCCAUGGUCUGCUGGGGAGAGAGCUGGACUUGUCCUCUACCAAAGCCCAUUUAUGCAGCUUAAUUCUCCAUAGCCAGUAGCAUCACCACCCAGGAGGAAAAUGCAUUGUACGAGAAGGAAGCGACUGCAGCUAAGCCGGGUUCUGUUCCUCCUCUCUGGGGUUUUUCUCUGUACGCUCUACCAGUUGACCAUCAGUGCCAGACUGUAUGCACCUUUGCCAAUGCCUCAGAUUGGAGAGGAUUUUGGAGAAGGUUCAACAGAGGUUGUUGAGGAGCCUACAGUAGAGCCUCAGGGGUUGGAGGAACCUCUCACUGCAACACAGGCAUUAGAGAACACAGAUCAAACAACACCAGAGAUGCAUGUUGUAAGUCAUCAAGUUACAACUCCAGAUCCACUAACUCCAGCAUCCACCACUGCUGAAUCUCCACCGUCGACAACUACAAACCGGACUAUUGUGCAUUGCAUCUAUGUGAUCCCUGAGCCUCCACAGGAGCCACACACACCAGCUCCAGCCCCUACUCCUCCUGUAACCAUCAUCACCACCACCACCACUACCAUCACCACCACCGCAGCUUCUCCUGGUGAAGCUCCACAUAUUAAGGGAGAAUACCCUGAAGAUAUCUUUUCCAUUGAAGACCGCAGACAAGGCUGGGUGAUCCUCCACAUAAUUGGAAUGAUGUACAUGUUCAUUUCACUUGCGAUUGUGUGUGAUGAGUUCUUCGUCCCUGCACUGGGGGUGAUCACAGACAAGCUUGCCAUCUCUGGCGAUGUAGCAGGAGCCACCUUCAUGGCUGCUGGAGGUUCUGCACCUGAGCUUUUCACCUCCUUGAUAGGAGUCUUCAUCGCCCACAGCAAUGUGGGCAUUGGCACCAUCGUUGGUUCAGCAGUUUUCAACAUUUUGUUUGUGAUUGGAAUGUGUGCUUUGUUUUCACGGGAAGUUCUUCAUCUAACCUGGUGGCCACUUUUUAGAGACGUAUCCUUCUACAUACUUGACCUCAUCUUACUCAUCAUCUUCUUCUUGGAUAAUGUCAUAAUGUGGUGGGAGAGCAUGAUGCUGGUGACCAGUUACACAGUCUAUGUGAUUUUCAUGAAGUUCAAUGUGCAAAUAGAGCGAGCCUUCAAGACCCAACUCCACAAACACAAGAACAUUGUCAAAGUUAUUGCAGUGGAGGAAUCUGAAACGGGGAGUGAUGGAGAUGCCCGUUCUGCUCGUCAGGAGAAGCAUCGAUUAAAGUUGAAGCCAUCCCUUCAGCGAGGGGGAAGUUCAGCUUCUUUACACAACAGCACUAUGAGAAGCACCAUCUUCCAACUUAUGAUCCACACAUUAGAUCCUCUCAGAGAGGAUGGUGGGGGAAAAACUGAGCAGACCAAAGAGCCGGAGCCAGCGCCAGCACCGGCGCCAGCGCCAGCGCCAGCACCAGCACCAGCACCACAAGCCGAGAAGAAGGAGCCGCCAGAGGACAAGAAGGAGGAUGUGCCUGCAGGAGAAGAUGGGUCAGGGGGGUCAGACGACUCUAGCAGUGAUGAAGACAGUGAUGAGUCCAGUGAAGACGACGAUGAUGAUGAUGAAGAUGAUGAUGAUGAAGAGGAGCCAGAAGAACCUCUGUCUUUAGAGUGGCCUGACACACCACGUAAACAAGCAACUUUCCUGUUCCUGUUGCCCAUAAUCUUCCCUCUGUGGCUCACAGUUCCAGAUGUCCGCAAUCAGAAAUCCAGAAAAUUCUUUGCAGUCACCUUCCUGGGCUCUAUUGUGUGGAUUGCUGUCUUUUCCUACCUCAUGGUGUGGUGGGCCCAUCAGGUUGGUGAGACUAUCGGCAUCUCAGAGGAGAUUAUGGGCCUGACUAUCUUGGCUGCAGGGACAUCCAUCCCUGACCUCAUUACCAGUGUGAUUGUAGCUCGUAAAGGCAUGGGGGACAUGGCUGUAUCCAGCUCUGUGGGCAGUAACAUCUUCGACAUCACUGUGGGCCUGCCGAUCCCGUGGCUCCUGUACUCAUCGAUUAACAGUUUGGCUCCAGUCACCGUCAGCAGUAAUGGGCUCUUCUGUGCCAUCGUGUUGCUCUUUAUCAUGCUCAUUUUUGUCAUCGUCUCCAUUGCAACCUGUAAGUGGAAGAUGAAUAAGGGUCUGGGCUUCACCAUGUUCCUGCUCUACUUUAUCUUCCUGGUGCUUAGCGUGAUGCUGGAGGAUCGCAUCAUUAUCUGCCCUGUUUCCAUCUGAACGUGUGAACAGAAACCUUCACUUGUGACCUGAAGCAGAACAGUUAACCCAUACAUGCACAGAUAUCAUGAGCAUGGGUAUCUGUAGAAACUGUGCAGAAAGCUACUGUAGUUGCUCUGCAUUGCUGCCAGUGACAAGUGUCUGGUACGUCAACAGCAAUACACAUACUACAAUAUUUUCUAGAACUUGUUACAUACUCAUUUUUAGCUAUGAUGGCAGCUUUUAUAUUCAUUUUUUUGACUACAUCAGGAUGCAGGAUGUUUAAUAUAGCAUAGGUUGAGUGUGCAAAGUAUGGACACCAACAGGGAUAUUAAUAUUUUUUCAGUGUUUACAAAACAGCAUCUACAGAAUGGAAUUAGAAAUCACAUAUGUGCACAUUUUGGAUUAUUUCCGAGGUUUCUAAAUGUGAAUUUUGUAUAAUAUGUAAGUAUACACUUGUACGCCAACAACUGUUUUAUAACAUUCAUUAUAGAGAACCUGAGCUUGCUUGAACUCACAGUUCUUUCACAUCAGUUUUUAUAUAUAUUAAAAAAAAAGACAGACAUAGCAAUAGCAAAAAUCAAACAUAAUAUCCAUAGAAUAAACGUGUUUAUUCAUAAAUGAAAGCAAACUAUAAAUCCAGCCAUGGAAGAAAUUUGAUUUCUUUUUUUAUAUAUAUAUAUAAAAAUCAUACAAAUUAGUAUCUGUGUUACAAAUGAUAAAUAAUACUUCAUAAACAUUGUUUUAAUUGACAAAUUGUGUAAACAACAUGUAGACAUCAAAUGAUGUUUUGGUCAUCAGUGUUUUUUUUCUUUAGUUACAACUUACAAGGUGAUUAAAACUGUACAUGCUGUGAGACUGGUGUUUAUUUUCAAGCACACAGCCUUAUCUAAUCCAGCAUCAUAUCAUCAAGUUAUUGUGGUGAAGUCUGGUUAUAAGCUGUGGAGCUGCAUCACAUCUAGGCAGGUCUUUGUCAGUUAGAAGUGAAAAACAAUGUCAACACACCAUCACACUCAUUUUUGGAAAUGAUUAUGAAUUAGGACAGUGCAGAGCUGUUGUUCCAGGUUAUGAUACAUGUUUAACAUUGAAUAUGCUUAGUGUAAAGAAACUUGCACUGCCAUCUGUUCAAAGAGAUUUACAAUGUCCUUUUAUGCUCUGGAUGGUCACAUUAAACAGUGCACCAUUGUCCAAAUAUCUAAAACUGACAUCCACACUAUACAGUGAAGACCAAAAGGAAAGAUACAAAAUACUCGAAUCAAACAAUCUGUACAUGUUAAUAGAUCAAUUACAGUGUCAAUAAAUUAAUUUCUCUAUCAAAAAAAUGAUUUAACCAACAGAAAAAUGUUAUUUUCAGUUUUUAUUCGUCUAUAAGUUUGAUUGUACUGUUUUUAAGGAAAUCUCUCCUUGGUGGUCCCAUAUAAUAUCAAU